GUGUCAUCUGUCCUUCCUGUGCUUCUACUUUUGGUUGGAAGAUUCCAGUGGAUAAUACUCAAGUUGGAGGCGUCUUUGUGAAAGAGAGACCCAGGCUGAUAAUUACCGAUGAUUUACAGGUCAUUUCCCCAGUAAGUGCAACAAGCAUCUGUUUGUUUUCGAAGCUAGGGGUCACAGAUUCUAAAACUACGGAGGAGUUGACUUUCAAUAUGGGAAUUCAGGAGGCUUUGAAUUUGCUUAUGCAUUCGUUUGUAUCAAAGACACCAUUGACUGAAAUUCUUCUGAAAAACGAACCAAAACCAAGUUUGGGAGAUGUACAUUCCAGUCAAGGAAUAUCGAUUGAUUCUCAAAUGCAUGGUGACACAAUCAAUGAGGAAGAGAAAAACAUUUCUCUUAAGCUUGUAGUUAGCAAGUCUAAGAAGAUUGUUUGUUAUGCAGAGGCACAAGAGGAUUUUGUCAAUCUACUCUGCAGUUUCUCGACUCUCCCACUUGGGUAUAUAUUAGAAAAGAUGCGGAAUGUUUCAUGGAAAGGCUGUCUCGAUCAGUUGUACAAGAGUGUCGAAGAUCUUGAUGAGCAAUACUUGAAGUCAAAUUUCCACAAGGAAUUGUUGGUCAAUCCAAAGCUUGCACCUGGUUUUCGAUACGAGAACCCUCUGUUAGGAAUCGAGGAAACCUCAUUUUAUUAUCUCAACGAGAAGUUAACUACUGAUAAGUCCUGUAUUCCUGAUAAUACUUCAGCGGAGUCAGUUAAACUUAAUGUUUUUUAUCCCAAAUCUCAUGAAGAUAGCAAUAAAAGUGCUCAAGGUUUUCUGAAAGGACCUGAUACCUUCACAGUGACUGACAAUCUAGUUGUAAGACCGUUAUCUCUAAUCCUUGAAAUGUCUGUUCUUCAAGAAUUGAAGGUACCUUUCACCGACAUCGAGGACCAUAUCGUGCAUAUGGGCAAGAGGGAGGCGUUGCUUCUUUUGGUGGCCUCGUUUAUUGGUGAUUCUGCUCUUACCAAUACCUUCAUUGGAAAGCUUAGGGAGCCAAAGCAAGAACAAUAAGGAAGGAUUGGUCACACAAAGAAGAGCUUGCUUUUGUUGUUACUGCAUAAGAACUCCACAAUAUUCCUAUCUGUGAGAUUAAAUUUUAUUUACAUGGUAACAUUUGGGUUUGAGAUAAAAUGAAAAAUUUGAGAUCUGGUUGCGAAGGGUGUUUGGACCUGGUUGGCUUUAGCCAGUUUCGGUUUGUUUCUGUCGAAUUUGUAUGGUUUGGUUUGGUAAAAGGCUGCCGAACUAUUAUGAUAAAGAUCGGUUGUAUCUAGGCAAACCUUGUGAUAUUGUUCAACUCUGUACUGGCCUCGUUUGGCAGCUCGUACUGUACUGAC